AUGGCCGCGGCGGCGGCGGCGCCCGGAGUGGCGCCGGUUCGAGCCCGGUUCCUCACUUCCAAGGAGGAAUUCCAUGCCUUCCUGCAGGCUGGGAGCGAGCCAGGUGGCCAGGUGGGAGAUGACGGUGAGGAGGAGAAGGAGGAGGACAAGGAGAAGAAGGAGGAGGAGCAGGUCAGCAGCUGCCAGAGCGAGCCCCCCGCCAAGCGGGUGAGGGCAGAGGACCUCGGCCAGGAUGGGGAGAACCAGGAAGGUGCUGGAGCGGAGGAGAAGGAGCGCCUGGAGCGGAAACGGGCCCGGGGGCAGAACAAGAGCAGGCCGUGUAUGAAACCCAAGCACUACGAGCAGAGCAGGCUGUGCCCCUCGGUCACACAGGGCAGUCCAGGGAAGUGCUUCUUCGGCCCCCGCUGCCGCUUCCUCCACGACGUGGGCGAGUACCUGGCGGGGAAGCCCUCGGACCUGGGCCAGCGCUGCGUCCUCUUCGACACCUUCGGCCGCUGUCCCUACGGGGUCACCUGUCGCUUCGCCCGCGCCCACCUCGGCAACGGCCACCAGAACAUCGUCAACGCCGCCCUGGCCCAGCAGUGGGAAGGGAAGCUGCUGGUGAAGAACAACCUCUCCAAGGACCUGCAGCACCGGCUGCGCAAGAGGAAGUUCGUGUUCCAGAAGGCUGAGGAGUAUCUGCGUGGGCUCAAGCCCCGCGGAGGGGACGGGAAGGGAGGCAAAGCCACGGGGGAGCAAGAGGCGUCCGACUGCGCGGCUCCCCAGGAGGGGCUGGGGGAUGGGGACAGCCACGAGUGCCCUGUGCUGCAGGAACAGGGAGGAGAUCCCACAGCAGAGGCCUUGCAGAGCCCCCGAGGGGAUGGGGUUGCUCCCUCCAUCCCAACCGUGGGCCCGCUGACCGACGAGGACGUCACGAAGCUGCGGCCGUGCGAGAAGAAGAAGCUGGAAAUCCAAGGCAAGCUCUACCUGGCUCCACUGACCACGUGCGGGAACCUCCCUUUCCGACGGAUUUGCAAACGCUUCGGAGCAGAUGUCACCUGUGGGGAGAUGGCUGUGUGCACCAACCUGCUCCAGGGCCAGUCCUCAGAGUGGGCCCUGCUCAAACGCCACCACACCGAGGAUAUUUUUGGGGUGCAGCUGGAGGGAGCCUUCCCAGACACCAUGACCAAGUGUGCAGAGCUCCUGAACAGGACAAUUGAGGUGGAUUUUGUGGACAUCAACGUGGGGUGUCCCAUUGACCUGGUCUACAAGAAGGGAGGAGGUUGUGCUCUCAUGACUCGCUCCAACAAGUUCGAACAGAUUGUCCGCGGGAUGAACUCGGUGCUGGACGUCCCCCUGACGGUGAAGAUCCGGACUGGAGUGCAAGAAAAGAUGAAUGUGGCUCACAAAAUCAUCCCCAAGAUCCGAGAGUGGGGAGCAUCCAUGGUCACGCUCCACGGCCGAUCCCGGGAGCAGCGGUACACGCGGAGCGCCGACUGGGAAUACAUCGCCGAGUGCGCCAAGAUCGCCAGCCCCAUGCCCCUCUUUGGAAAUGGGGAUAUUUUAUCUUACGAAGAUGCAAAUCGAGCCAUGGAGAUGGGAGUUUCUGGAAUCAUGAUUGCAAGGGGGGCACUCAUCAAACCGUGGCUUUUCACCGAAAUUAAGGAGCAGAGACACUGGGAUAUCUCCUCUGGGGAGAGGUUUGACAUCCUCAAAGACUUCACCAACUACGGCCUCGAGCACUGGGGGUCGGACACUCAGGGAGUGGAGAAAACCAGGAAAUUCCUGCUGGAAUGGCUCUCUUUCCUGUGCAGGUACAUUCCAGUUGGAUUAUUGGAACAUCUACCUCAGAGAAUUAACGAGCGGCCGCCGUAUUACCUGGGGAGGGACUACCUGGAGACACUCAUGGCCAGCCAGAACGUGGAUGAUUGGAUUAAAAUAAGUGAGCUGCUCCUGGGCCCUGUCCCCCCCAGCUUCACCUUCCUGCCAAAACACAAGGCCAAUUCCUACAGAUAGGGCUGACCAGGCCCUUUCCCGUGGCGUGGAGGCAAGAGGAGGCGUUGGGAUGGGGUGUCUGGAGGAGCAGGAUUCCUCAGCUGCGCUCAGAAGUGAAAUAAAGCUGAUGUUUUUAGAA